GAGUUCAACAGGCGUUAUCAGCGUGAUUCGGUUUUCUCUAAGAUGAGGCUGCCUGUUGUGUUCAUACUUUUCUGUCUUCUCUCCGUAUCCUUUUGCGGACGGGAUUUCUAUUCAAUUUUGGGAGUUCCUAGAUCGGCAUCGAAGGUUGAAAUAAAGCGUGCAUACCGUAGUCUUGCUAAAACUCAGCACCCAGAUAAAAAUAAGGAUGAUCCACUUGCCAAUGAUAAAUUUAAAGAUCUAAAUGCAGCUUAUGAAGUUCUUUCUGAUGACAAAAAACGCGAAAUCUAUGACCGUCAUGGGGAAGAGGGCUUCAGGGGGUCUGGCGAAAGUGGUCCAUCCAUGGAUCCAUUCGCAAGCUUUUUCGGAAGCUUUUUUAACAUGGGUGAACAGCAAAAGUCGUCAGAAACACCUCGAGGUGGUGAUAUC